AGUUUAGGACCGAGGAUCCCGGCGCCCCUCUAGCCCCGCCCAGGCGCAUUCGCCACGCCUUCUUUCUUGGCGCGUGGCCCCGCCUUUCUGCUAGUGCGCACCUCUUCGCGCAGGCGCGCAGAACCCGGAAGCGGCUCGCCUGGGCGCCGCCAUAUUGUGCCCGCUCCCUUCCGUACGGCCCGGUGGCGGCGGGGCCCGGCCCGGCGGCUCCAGCCAUGUCCGAGACCUACGAUUUCCUCUUCAAGUUCCUCGUGAUAGGGAGUGCCGGCACAGGGAAGUCCUGCCUCCUCCAUCAAUUCAUCGAAAACAAAUUCAAACAAGAUUCGAACCACACGAUCGGGGUGGAAUUCGGCUCUAAGGUUGUCAACGUUGGUGGAAAGACGGUGAAGCUGCAGAUCUGGGACACGGCUGGGCAGGAGAGGUUCAGGUCGGUGACUAGAAGCUACUACCGGGGUGCAGCUGGUGCACUGCUUGUGUACGAUAUCACCAGCCGGGAGACCUACAACGCGCUGACCAACUGGCUGACGGACGCCCGCACCCUCGCUAGCCCCAACAUCGUCAUCAUCCUCUGCGGUAACAAGAAGGAUUUGGACGCCGACCGGGAGGUGACGUUCCUGGAGGCUUCGCGCUUUGCCCAAGAGAACGAGCUCAUGUUCCUGGAGACCAGCGCCCUGACAGGAGAGAACGUGGAAGAAGCCUUCUUAAAAUGUGCGAGGACCAUAUUAAACAAAAUUGAAUCGGGUGAACUUGACCCAGAGAGGAUGGGCUCAGGGAUCCAGUACGGAGACGCCUCCCUUCGCCAGCUGCGGCAGCCCCGGGGAGCCCAGGCGCAGAGCCGGCAGCAGUGCAGUUGCUAAAUGCCUGUGCCCAAGGACCAUGUGCCUCACUCGCCGAGCCCCCCCCGCUUCCCCAGGAGCGCCCCCCCGCC